GUUGAUAAUUAUUAAAUCAAAUAUUGUGAUCAUUUUUUAGAUCGUAGAAAAAAUCAAAUGAAUUUUGGAAAUGCAGAAGAUUAUGAAAUCAAGACAAUUACAAGUGCACUGAAAAGUUACUUUAGAAAUCUUCCUGAACCACUUAUGACAUUCAGGUUACAUAGUGCCUUUAUUACUGCUGCAAAAAAUGAAAACAAGAUUCAACGGAUUAAUCUUAUACACUCCCUAGUUCAUAAAUUGCCAAAAAAUAAUUUCAAUAUGUUGAAUAUGUUAAUAAAACAUCUUUGCAAGAUUGCCCAGUACAGUGAUAAAAAUUUGAUGACUGUUUCAAAUUUGGGUGUCUGUUUUGGUCCUACUUUACUCAAACCAGAAAUAGAAACAAUGGCAGCCAUUAUGGAUAUAAAGUUUGGAAAUGUUGUUGUUGAAAUUCUUAUUGAAAAUUAUGAUAAGAUAUUUUCUACAGUUCCAGAAAAUCAUAAAAGGCCAGAUCUACCUUAUUAUUCUUCUCCUAAUGCAGUCAAUCAGUCAUCCAAUUAUAUACCACUGCCACAUCAAGAAUCUAUGCAUAAUAUUCGCAAAUCAAAUAUGGAUUCAAUGGAUCAGUCAUUAGAAUCGGCCAGAGUUCAGAAUAUUCCUAAAAUUCAUUAUUCUAAUGUGUGUUCAUCUUGCCCAUCUCCUUAUUUAAAUGAUGGGAAUUAUUCUUCUCAAAGAGGAAUGCUUGCACAUCCUGCAUAUGUAGUUUCACCUACUCAACCAUUACCUGUCAAUCAUUCUGGAAGCCAGUCUCAUUCUGUUCAGUCUCAUAUUCCUGUGGAUAGAGGAAGAUCUGUUGCUGUUUUUAAUCCAGUUUGGAAUGAUAAUCAUUCUCCUUCGGGUGCAAGUAGUACAGAAUCCUUGUCAAAUCCUCAAGCAGUUUCACACACUGUGAAUAAUAGCAAUCGUACACAUUCAGCACAAGUUUCAUCAAGAAUGACUACUUCAUUAGGCAACCAUAGUGUCUAUAUUCCUUCUGAUAAAAUCCAUGGAACUGAGAGAACAGAAUAUCCUCAGAACAACAUCAAGGAAAAUUUUGAUUUACAAGAACUUCAUGUUCGCAAUACUCAAGAACAUUACAUUAAUAGUGGAAUUCCAAAUUCCGGCAUAACGGCCAAAACAUUAUAUGCUUGUGUGGGAGAAAAUGAAUCAGAACUGUCUUUUCAACCUAAUGAAAUUAUUUAUAAUCUUCGCACUUCAAAUGAACAAGGAUGGUUAAUAGGAAUUAUCAAUGGACGAGAGGGAAUGAUUCCAGCCAACUAUGUAGAAUUACUUUAAGAAAUUUUCAAUGUAAUUGUGAUAGACUAGACUACUACAAUUUUAUCAAAGACUUUAAUAAUGAUUUAUUAUUUUAUUUUAUUCAACUAUAGUUCUAUAAAAUCAAACUAUAUAUAUAUAAAUGAUUUAACAAUUGAGAUAAUUUAUUUUUAAGAUUCAUUUAAUGAUAUUUUC